AUGGCGGCGCAGGCGGCUCUCAUCGCCGAAACAAUCGUUGGUAUGAAAAGGGCUUUACGCAAAGAAAAUGACUGCCCCGAUGAUCCCAUCGCUCAGCCGACAAACCGAGGCAACAAACUACGGACAAACGCUAAACAUGUGCGGGAGGGCGCACUGGGGUAUAUCCAGCCGGAAGACCUUUAUAAGCAGAAAAUUGAUCAUGCUGGUUACACUCGCUAUAUCCUACAGCCCAACCCCGUGCGCUACGACUCAGAAGGGGAUGAGCUAGACGAGGAUGAUGAAGACUCUGAGGCAGAUGCCGCUGCAGCGGAAGAGAAUCCAUUUUCUGAGAUCGCAUUAGAAAAUUUCCUGUGCCCAUUAAAACAUCCAUCGGAAUUACCUACCCACCCUUCCUUGUCCCAUGCCUAUACGUCAAAUGCUCUCUCGAACAUGACCAAGGCCAUUGAGGCUAAACUACGCCAGGAACGGGCGCUUUUAUGGCGUGCGAGGAACCUCCACAGACUGUUCCUUGGCGAUAGCUCUUGGAUGCCAUGUGGAACAGUUGAGACUCCCGAAGACAGAUGGAUCUUUGAGCCUCGGCUUGUCACCCCGGGUCACAAAUCCCCAAUCGGCCCAAAUGGACAGCCCGGAGUUCCCAGUCUUUCGACGAUAGUAGAAAUGACAGGUCGUAGCCAUGGAUCACAUAAUUUUGUCCCAAUUGUCAGGACAUCAAAUGAAGCCCAGACAACGGAAAGUAAGGACACCCAAAAUUCCCAUGCUGCAGAACAAGACAUUGAAAUGGCUGGUGUUCGCAAUAAUGAGAUGGAGGGUGGUGGCCCUAUGAAUGACCAUGAGCAGACAAGAGAACCCAAGUCCGAAGAGGUUGAGACUCCCGUUGGAAAUCUUCCCCAGCAUCUAGACAUUGUUGAAGCUACCACCAGUGACGCAGUAAAUUCACACUUGGGACGCAGUCAAAUAUCUAACGGGGAUGGACUCCAUGAAAACAGAAAAGGAAUUGCGAGUGAUCGAACUGACUCAGGAAAUGAGAACAUCGAUACGGCCUAUGAGGGUCGCGGAAAUGUCCACGGUGAUGAAACGGACAAAGAUGAAGAGAUACAGGACGGGUUUUCCCCCGAGCCACCUCGUCGGAUGACGACUCGAGCCCAGACUAAUGCAGCAAAUCCACAAGAGGAUGAAUCAGACCACUUACCAUCAUCCCCUUCCUCUGACACCCUCAGCUCACUUCCUAUGCCACACCCUCUCUUUCUCGUGCCUGACUCUAUCCGUCCAGAUCCCAAUCUUGGCCUGUCGUCCAUGGAAGCCGAAGAUACACGACGGCUCCUGUGGUCAUAUGUGCAGAAACAGGAGGAGACUGUCAGGGGCUUCGAGCACAUGUUGGAAUGCCUGCUUCGAGCCUGUCGUAUGAAAGAUGGUGUGCUCGAGUGGUGCAAAGCGGAAGGCCACGUGGGCGAAAUGAGUGACGGAGAAGACUGGUAUGACCGGGAAAGAUGGGGACUGGCGGAAGGUGAAGAUCUCAAGAAGGGCGCGGACGAGGAUGAGAUAGAGAUGGUCGAGGAAAGCCGCGCUUCAAACAAAAGAGGCAGAGGCCGGCGAGCAUAG